AGCUUCAGCAGUUGGCAAUGAUGUCGUAGUAGAUUGGCCAAUUAUGUUGAUAAUAUAGCAUCCUUAUUAUCAUUGAUAUGGCAUAUCUACUGUGGAGGAUUGUGAGAGAGAGUUGAUAUUCAAUCAAAUCAGAAUAGGUAAGGUAUAACUAUGCAAGUGAGUUUGCUUAUGGAUGUAUGCAAAUAUCAAAUGUAGCGAUUGGAAUGUUCUAUAAUUAAUUGAUUUAUGCAGUGACUUUAUUUCUCCUAUUCUUAUUAGCAACUGUAUUUUACUAUUAAUAAUAUUUAGAUAUGGUUUAUAACUGUAUGAACUAAAGUAGGUUUUAUUAUUGGAUUGUUCUUUGGAUUCAUUUAUAUUCCAUAAUGGCUUUCACUGCAUUACAUUUGCAGGUAGGUACAUUUUUUGAGUAAUUACAACAGCAAUAUAAAAAAAGGGGGAAUUAUAUGAUCUCACAUAUACAAUAUGAUUUGGAGUGGUAAGGAUAUCAAUUUAUAAAUUAUCAUUUAUUGUUAUUAAGAAGACACAAAAUAAUGCUAAGAAAUGUUUACUUUUGAAGUAACUAUUUAAGCAAUUUCGCCUUUCACUUACAACUUGAGUA